AUGCAGACCUUUGCCAAGACUUUAGUCCACACUGGUCAUGUCCAGUACGACGAGGCUGCCUCUGCCGAGCCCCUGAAGUUCGCACUGCAAACCUACGGGGAGCUGGGAAUCGUUCGCUGGGCACGCAGAACCGGAGAACAAGGGGAACAAAUCGUGGCUUUGGAGCUAGAGCCGGAAUACAGAGGGAAUGAAGGCGACAAGUUCGGCGAGCUUACUCGACUAACCAAUGCCGUUGCCUCGUAUCGCCGAUGUUGGCGAGAGCAGGACGGGCCCCGAAGAUUUUCCGGACUACGUGGCCAGAAUGGCCUUCUCGUCUCGGCUUUGAGCCACAAUGGGGAGGAGGUUCAUGAUUUCUUUAGGUAUUCAUUGCCUAUGUCAAUGUGCUGUGCUAAACUUUGUGAAUUCGUUGCCUGUUUUGGAUGGUCUCUGCAAGCUGGCAGAGGAACAUCUUAG